AUGCCCGCUCUGCCCACUCUCCCCAAUGUCCGCUCACCUGCUCACCCGCUCACUGUUAUGCCUGCUUGCCCGUUUUUCCGCUCCCCGCCUGCUCGCCUGCUGGACCCGAUCACAACCCCUUCGAUAUCGACGUUCCCUCCCUCGACGCCACGCUACACUUACUCGCUACCCUUCUCUACGCUUGGCCCCUGCAACUCACACUGUCGACGCUACACAUGCAGCCACCCGGUCCGGGUACGCGCCCUCAUCUGCGAUAUAAAUCCGCGCCCGCGCAUCCAGAGCCCAUGCUCGUCUCCGCGACACCAUCCCAGUGCUCGCCAGUUCGUUCGCCUCAUUCCCUCACUCGUUCCUGCCUUCAAUGGCGGCGCGCCGCAUGUCUAGACGUGUAGCUGUAUGUACUCUGCGGUAGUGUGAAUGUAUGUAAGCAUGAUCCAACUC